AUGUAUAACCCGUAUCAACAGCAACAACAAGGUAUGGGGUACAAUCCCCAACAACAGACUGGAUAUGGCUACAAUAAUUACCAAAUGCCUCAGCAACCCCAAUUCAACCAACAACCAAUGUAUCCUCAGGCAACUGGAUUUGUUCCCCAACAACCUAAUUUGUAUGGAUCAAAUUUUCAGACCAGUGGUGGUAGUGGUAUGGCACCACAGCAAACUGGAUUUUCACAACAGCAAACCAUGCAACCACAGCAAACGGGCUACAUUCAAACACAGCCUACAGGAUUCGGUGGAACUGCACCAAUUGUAACAGAAAAUAGCGAGUUGAAAAUUCCAAGUAUCAGAUUAUCGUUUAUAUCUGCAGAAGAUCAAAAGAAAUUUGAACAUUUGUUCAGAACUGCAGUUCCGAAGGGUGAGCAAUCCAUCAGUGGUGAUUCAGCCAGUGGCAUUUUAUUGAGAUCUGGGUUAUCUGCGGUGACUUUAGCCGAAAUUUGGAAUUUGUCUGAUAUAGAUAAAACCGGGUCCUUAUUAUUUCCUGAAUUUGCUUUGAGUUUGCAUUUAUGUAGCAUGGCUAAAAGAGGCGAACCAUUGCCAGGUAUACUUCCAGAAAAGUGGUUAAAUGAAGUGAGAAGUUUUGUUGAUCAAAUCAACUUUACUGUUCCAGAUGAUCCAUCGAAAAUUUUAGCCAACACGCCAUUUGCAAAUUUUGCUCCUAAAAAGGAGUCUGAUUGGUUGGCCCCUCAAUCGACUGGAUAUUUGCAAAACCAACUGGCUCCACCAAUGACAUCAUUUCAACCUCAAGUCACUGGUUUUGGUGGACAGGGAUUGGUUUCGCAGGCAACAGGUGGAGUGCCAAUGCCUUCAACUACAUUUGGAAAUGCCGCGGGAUUGACUGCUCAAAGGACAGGUGGUGGUACGUUGAUUCCUUUACAACCACAACAGACUGCUGGUUUGAUUCCAGCUCAAAAAACCGGGCCUUUGAAUCCUCAAACCACUGGGUUUAACCAACAAAGUUUACAACAACAAAGGACUGGUGGAUUACCUCAACAACUUACUGGCUAUCAAGGCCCACCCCAGGGCCAGGGCCAGCAGCUACAACAACAAAGAACUGGUGGCUUCCCGCAAGUUCAAUCUCAACCUACCGGCGGCUUUGUGCCACAAACAUCUUUUCAGCAGCCUCAACUCGUUUCCCAGAGAACGGGUCCAAUGCAGGCCCAACCAACUGGCUCAUUGCAAGCACAGCCCACCGGUAGACCUGGUGAAUGGGGAUUUGUUUCUAUGCCAACAGGUGGCAUUCCUGGUUUAAAUGCAAUGCAACAGCAUUUUUUACCAAACAACCAAUUGCCAACAUCCAAUUUGCAUAGUGCUAUGGACAACAAAUUGAAAGAGAAUGUAACUUGGGCAAUUACUAAACAAGAAAAGCAAAUAUAUGAUGGUCUAUUCCAAGCCUGGGACAACCAAAAGAAGGGAUAUGUUGAUUCAAACGUAGCAUUGAAUGUGUUUACAAAAUCAGGUUUAAGUAGAUCUGACUUGGAAAGUAUUUGGACGUUAGUAGAUACAGAUGAUACUGGGAAAUUGAACAAAAAUCAAUUUGCUGUUGCGAUGCACCUUAUCUAUAGAAGAUUGAAUGGCUAUGAUAUACCAUUGAGACUACCUCCUGAGUUGAUUCCUCCAGCUGACAGAACAUUGAAAGACACCAUGGAUUCAUUGAAAAAUUCAUUAAAAGGGGGUGUUAAUAAUAAGCCUACAAAGCCACCUAAACCACAAUCCAAGCCAGACGGUACUAGAUUCAAAAAUGAUGAUAACAAUUUUGGAUAUGUUUCUAAUGUUCGUCAUAGAAGGAAAAGUACAUCUGAUGAGUCGCACAAAUCAAGUGUGAAGUCUUCAUCCGACUACGAUUUAUCUAUUGAGGAUAUGAAAAAGUUGAUUCAUGAGAAACGAAUCUUGUUAGAUGCUUUAGAUACUGAGGAUCAAGCUAAUAAUUAUUCGAGAUCAAGUUCCUCGAUGCACGAAAAACAAAUUAUUGAAAACUUGAAGAAGGAAAUCAUGGCAGUGCAAACCAAGUUGGACGAAAGAGGGAAUGAUGGUCCUUCAUCUGACGAACGUAACAAGCUAUUGGCUACGUUGGACCACUUGACAAGGGAUGUAGUCCCUAGGUUGAUAUCUGAUAUACACAAAGUUAACCAAGAAAUCUCCAGGAAAAAAGCAGAAGUGUUCAAAUUAGAAUUGUUGAAGAAAAACCCAUCGUGGAAUCCAGAAGAUGAUGAGCUGCAAAUUCAAGGAACUGGUCCAAAUGGAGAAGUGACAGAUUACGAUAGAAUCAAAUAUCAAUCUCGUCAAAAGUUAAAGCAAAGAAUGGCUGCAUUAACUGGUAAAUCAACUGGAGGGAACUCUGAUUUGGAUUUGGAAUUGAAGCAAGCUACAGAAAAGGCGCAAGAUGAAGCAUCUCGUCAAUCAGAGAUGAUUCAAGAUAUUGCUGCCGGUAUCAAAACAAUGGAAGAUGAAUGUGCCGCUAAAUUGAGCUCGUCCGUUACGGAGGAUGUUGGACAUGAAAAAUGGGAACAAGGAAAGGGUAUUUCUUCUGAAGUAGCCAAGUUUGUGAAAGAGUUAGAAGCGUUUUCCAAAGAACAAAGACGUAAUAUUGCUAAAUCCCAAAAACAAGAACAAACACGAGAACCAUUGGCUAAGCAACAAACUAACGCUUCUUUAGUGUCGGAUUCUGGAGCCGCAAAAUCAGCUUAUGCUACUCCUGAAGAAAGGGCUGCUUAUAUUAAACAGCAGGCUGAGAAAAGAAUGAAUGAAAGGUUGGCUAAGCUUGGUAUUACUAGGAAAAGCAAGUCGACUGAACAGAAACCACCUGUUGAGUCUAAAUCGGUCAGCAAUCAUUCUCCUGUUCCAGAUAGUGAAGUUAAACUGGUCACAAGAAACGCCAAUGAAGUUGAGGUACAAAAACCAAAACCUGAUUCUCAACCAGUUUCCAAGAACCGAGAACCCGCUGAACAACCAAAUUCAAAGGCUGAUACUAACAGUGUUGGUUCUCAAAAUGUUGUCUCAAAUACAAAUGAUGAUACUUCUGGUGAUGAUGAUGAUGAGGAGUACAAAGCUAUUUUGAAACAAAAGCAGGAAAUGGAAGCUCGUGAAAGGGAAAGAAAAUUGCGGAAACAAAAGGCAAAGGAGGAAAGAUUGGCAAAAAUUAAAAAAGAAAUGGAGGAAAUGAAGAAACGAGAGAUGGAAGAAAGCCAAGAUGAAGAGGAAGAGGAGGCAAAGCAAGUUACAAGUGUUCAUGUUCUGAGAGCCCAAAGUAGUAAUGCUAAUUCCAACGUGAUUCCGCAGCAAGAAACUGCAACUGAAAAUGUGAAUACGGUAUCGCAACCAACAUCUACCGACACAGCAAAGCAGUCUUAUCAUCCUCAUGAGAGUAAUCCUUUCUCGAAAAUGAAUAACAAUACAUCUCAAAACCUGACAGUAACCAAUACAGGCACUAAUCCUUUCUUCAAAUCAACGAGUCAAGAAACCAAGAUUGAUCCACACAAAGCCGAAGCUCAAAGAGCCUCUCAGCGUGGUGUUGCUAGUAGUGGUGGAUGGAGCGAUUCCGAGGAGGAAGAAUCAGAGGAAGAAUCGCCAAACAGAGCCGGUGCAGCAAAAUUAGCUAGUUUGUUAUUUGGUGGUAUGCCCCAACCACCAACAACUUCAAGCUCAAGUUUGAAUAAUGAUGCAGAAAAGGUUUCAGAACAGGAGCAUGAAAACGCAAAACAAGUGGCUUCUACUCCUUUGUCAAAUGAUGAUAAUGGAAAAACAGAUUCAGGUCCUUCGGGUUUUGCUGGCGAGAACGAACUGUCUUUCAGUCAGGCCCCACCAAUACCAGUUGACGCACCACCUGCUCCAAACUCUAUUCCGCCUCCACCGCCCCCUCCUCCACAAUUUUCGAAUGAAGCACCACCUGUGCCAGAUUCUAUUCCACCUCCACCACCUCCUCCUUCUGUACCAAGUACUGUACCUGCAUUACCAGAUUCAAUGCCACCGCCACCACCUCCACCUCCACCUCCUGCUGCCCCAAAUAACACUUCAUCAUCUCAACAGGCUUCAGGUGCACCAAAUAUUGGUGCAUUGUUAGGUCAAAUCACUGGUGGCGCUUCGUUGAGAAAAGUGGAGACAAAAGUUUCCUCUGGUGCUACAGUUGGAAGAGUUUUGUAA